CUUUAUUUGAAUUGAAUAUCUUAUAUUAUACAUGAUGCCUAUGACUAGGAGAAGAGGUACAUAGGAGAUGUAGGAGACCAUCAAUGUGGAGCCACGUGACCAGCUAAGUCGGAGUGACCUUUAACCUUGGAACUUCUCACAUGUGUCUCAUUCAUUCUUCAAGUUGCCAUCCUUGUCCUUGUUCUGCCUAUAUGUGCAUACAUACAUACAUACAUAUGCAGGUAAAGACAACUUCCCACGCCUCUGUAGAUCCAGGUACUCUUAUCCUCCUUAUCCUCUUGCAUCAUGGCUUGCGCCAUACGCCAUUUUUCUAGUCUGCAUAAAGCAGGCAAGAACUUGAAUACAGUAAGCUGUCUUGCAUGGGCCACCCGGCAGGGGUCAUCGUUCAGCGGCAAAAGCAAGAGCAAAACAUUCGGGACAUCGUCGCGGGUCCUCAGCAGUAAUGCGGGGCACCACGAUGCCAGCACCCGCGCUACGGACGCACGGAACGGCGAGUUCAGCACCACGUUGCGGGUGCAGAAGGGCAGGUUGAUGGACACACUACAUCACACGUGCUCCUCAUUCGGGCCAGGGAAGCGAUGGGGAAGUGCGCCGACAGAGACGGGCAUGUCGCGGCUCGCGCUAAGCGACUCGGACAGGGCAGCGCGGGAUUGGUUCGUGGAAACGACGCAGAAGCUGGGGUGCGCUGUCACCAUCGACGCCAUGGGGAACAUCUUCGCCGUGCGUCCUGGCAGGCGCGACGGCCCCGCCACCUUCGCCGGCUCCCACCUCGACACCCAGCCGAGCGGCGGCCGGUACGACGGGAUCCUGGGGAUCCUAGCCGGCAUAGAGAUGCUGCGCGUGCUGCAGGAUCACCAGGUGGAGACAGAGUUUUCAGUCGGUGUUGUCAACUGGACCAAUGAGGAAGGCGCUCGCUUCCCGAUUAGUAUGGUGUCAUCGGGGGUAUGGGCGGAGGAGAUCGCUCUCGAGCGCGCCCAUAAUGUUCAGGAGGUGGGUGGAGGCACUGCGACGAUGAAGUCAGAACUAGAACGGAUUGGGUAUCUCGGCUCGACGCCGGCAAGCUACCGGAGCAUGCCCAUGGCAGCGCAUUUCGAGCUUCACAUCGAGCAGGGACCAAUCCUAGAGACGGAGCGGCAGAAGGUCGGUGUUGUAAAGGGGGUCCAGGCUUACAAGUGGUUUACUGUUGACGUUCACGGACGAGACGCACACACAGGAACCACCCCCCUCCAAAGCCGCGCCGACGCUAUGCUCCUCGCCGCCCGCCUCAUCACGCAUUCCCACCGUCUCGCCACCACGUGCCCGGCUCUCGUUUCAACCGGAAUCCUAACCCUAAGCCCGGGCAGCACGAACACGAUCCCCGGGCACGUGCGCUUCACGCUCGACGUGCGGUCGCCGACCAACGAAGGCGUCGCCAGCAUGGAAGCCUCCAUGAAGCGGGACUUCGCCCUGCUCGCCGCGGGCUCCAACCUCGACGGGCUGCUGGACGCGUCGACUCCCGGACGCCCGCUGAGCGUGGAGUGGCGCACGGACUUCGAGUCGCCCGCGACGCUGUUCCACGCGGACUGCAUCUCCGUCGUGCGGGCGGCGGCUGAGGCGGUCACGGGGAGCAGCGGCCUGGUCCGCGACAUGACGAGCGGGGCGGGCCACGACAGCGUGUACGCGAGCCGGCGGUGCCCGACGAGCAUGAUCUUCGUGCCGUCGAAGAACGGGGUCAGCCAUAACCCGGAGGAGUACACGAGUCCGGAGGAUUGCGCGAUUGGGGCUGAGGUGUUGCUGCAGAGUGUGUUGCGGUAUGAUCGGAUGAGGGCGGGUGGUAAGUAGGCAGGUAGGUGCCGGGUGGUUGGUAGCAAUGAUAGUUCAAGAAGCUACUCCUUCGGCCGGAGUGAUUUUUUAUAUUUCUUUAUGUAAUUUUUGAUAUCAUCCAGCUUUAGGGGGCAUCGGACAUUAGCUGCUAUUAUCUCCUGCCAUAUUGCGCGUGAUGUUUUAUGAGCUAUCACCCCAUUCUCUAUACAUCGCCGGUGGUCAUCAGUUAGUUUGCGAUGUUGUAUGUGAUCGCUAAUAGAGGAGGAUGCCGGGUGGUUAUGCUGAGGGUUGAUAACUUUAAAGUCGCAGUGCCCUUGAGGGCGAACGUUGGCAACAGCGGCGAAUGGGCAGUUGGUACGCUUCGUAGUUGUGGUUUUAACCUUGAGUUUAGCUUUCGACACGAAAGUGCCGGCUUUGUCGCAAAUAACAAGGUGCCUAACGUACGCGCCGGCUUUGUUUUUAUUCUUAGGUAUCGACCGUACGGCAUACCCAUGGUUCGCGGCGUGGCUCUGAAUAGCUUCAAAACACUCCGAAAAUGUAGCGUAUGUACCAUCCGAAGGAGCUUGCAAAGACAUUUUUAGUAGUAUAUGGUACUUUAGCUUUCGAGUAAUAUUUUUGCUCUAUUUUUCAGUUACAAUUGCGAUGGCAAUGGGACUUUGAAAAUAACAACUAGUUGAUAAGAUUUUAAUAUUUACCGGUGGUGUU